AUGAGGAUUUACAAGCUGUUGAUUACCUCGGAGCGUCGAUGCUCCCUUGAUGGAGAAGUUGCGGGCGGGUCCCAGAGGUUCCGUGACCAAUAUAUAAGUGCAGGAGUCACAGUCUUUAUCGGUCAUGACAAGGCGUACGUGGACAAUGCAAAACUUGUCGUGGCCUCGGCCGCAGCUCUGACAAUAAAAUUUCGACCAAGAGACAAUAUCGAAGUUGAGGCAGCUAGAGACAAAGGGAUCCCAGUGAUACACAGAGCUGAGAUGCUAGCAGAGUUAAUGCGACACAAGAAGGCUAUUGCCGUUGGCGGCAGCCAUGGCAAAAGUACAACGACUAGCAUGAUAGCUGGGGUACUAGAGUCUGGAGGGCUCAUGCCGAGUGUUGUGACGGGGGCUGUGAUGAAUCUAUAUAGGAGCAACUCGCAUCUGGGUGCAGGGGACUGGGUAGUGGCCGAAGCGGACGAGAGUGACGGUUCCUUCCUAAUGUUGCCUCAUCUCGUGACUGUUGUCACGAACAUCGACAGCGAUCAUAUCAUUCACUGGAAAGACGAAACCAAGACCCGUGAAGCCUUCGUUCAAUUUGUUCGAAACGGACCGUUCCAUGGAUUGGGAAUUCUCUGCAUUGAUGAUCCUGGAGUCCGCCAAAUCAUGCUUCUCCUUUGA